CAGCCAUUGGCUAAAAUAUACACCGAGUUUGUCGAUUUGCAAAAAAAGGUUUUGCUGGAAGAAGUUGUUUCAAAUCGUACGUGCUAAUGUUUCAAAAUGUAAAUGCUUUUAGGGAGAAAAAACAUUUAAAACCAUACGAUUUUAAAGGAAGAAACUUCAGCGUGAACAGCCAGAAGCUAACAGAAGUUACUUUCCUCGAGCAGAUGAGUUUUGUCAACGUUAGCUAGCUGGAUGUUGCGACAAAAUGCUAACAUUCAAAACGUUAGUUUUCCUACAGUUUGAUGAAUUCACUCAGAAAUGACAGCGCAGGAACUGAUAGCGGAAUGCGACACUGAUGUGUUGGUCAGCUUCGCCGAGUCGCUGCACAUAUACACAGGACUGUUAACUGUGGCUACAGUGUGUGGAGCGCUUUCGGGAAUAUUAGCUGCUGCUCUUUUAUAUGUCUUCUGCCUGAAGCCUUUGCUGUUGACGAGACAAGGUUACAAUGCAAGGAGGCUGCUUGAACCUGAUGAUGGGGAAUUGGACAACAACCAAAGUGACUGUGUCAGCAACAGCAGAAAGGAGGCUCCAAGUGGCACAACUAAUGACAAAGAGAAGAAGCAGCCACCCAUGAACAGUGAUGUGGCUGCAUUUGCAUCCAGAGCAAAGGUGGUUUAUCCCAUCAACCAAAAAUACAGACCUUUAGCGGACGGAGCGUCCAAUCCAUCACUACAUGAGCACUCCAAGUUGCCAGCAAUGCCUAACGAGGAGUCAUCCUCCUCCACGGACGGAGAGUCCCUGAGCCAAGAGCAGGACAACGACGACAGCAGUCAGUUUAUCUCCUCCUCGCUGGUCCCCAAGAGCCUGCAGAACCAGAGCUUCACCAGGGUCUCUCACUACCCUCACACACUGAUGCAACCAGGUUUUGAAGGUAGGAUCAGCCUUUACUGUUUGGCCCUGCAGGAUAUACAACAACAAUGCUCACAGCUUCAGGAAGAAAAGUGUCUGAUUUUUCUUCAAAUGGUGAAAAUAAUAUUCAGCUGUCGUUUUCCAAAAGACAAAAAUGAUGCUGACUUCUCCAAGAAUAUUCUUCAAAUGCAAGAAAAGGAACUGAAUGACCUGAAGAAACAGUUGCCAACGAGCCACGCUGCCGGCGAGAAAAAUGAUGAUGCUCCCUGUACUUUGGAGGAAAUAGAGAGAGCUCAGAAAGAUCUUCUUGAAAGUGGCCUGCAAGUGUCCAGACGUUUCAGCAAACAGGUGGAGGACUUAUGCCAGCAUCUGCUGAAGAAGACCAGCGUUUUCUCUCCAGAUGAAGCCCAGGAUGUGAUCCUCUCUCUCAUCCAGACUCUUCUGUUAGUAGAGAACCACCUGACAAACACACAAGAGGCUGAUCUAAAGAGGAUCCAGCAGAAGUUGUUGUGGUGGGAGGAGCUGACGGGGCUUCUUCAAUCUCAACCUGCCUUGCUAAAGUGGGAAGUGUCUCUGAGGCAGGGCUUGAUAGCAACAACACUGGAGCAGCUGACGAGCGAUGACGUCUUGACCUUUAGCCACAUGGAAAAUAUACUUUCAGAGGUUCAGGCAACUCUGACUGAAGGCCUUCAACAGUGCACUGAGGAGUGCACGAGGAAGACAAAGGAGCUGGUGAAUGACAAGUGCAGCAAAAUGGAGUCCAAGAGGAAGAAGCUUUUGAGGAGCCAGACCAAGGAGAAAAGCCACGCCCUGGAACUGAGACAGACUCACGGUGACCUACAGCAGCUCAUCAAGGUGUACCAAGAGCUGCUGAUGAAACACAGGCAGCAGAUUUCUGACUUGGAGCUGCAGCAGGACAACAGGGUGGUUGAAGCCCUCUGUGACCAUUGGAAGAAACUCCGUACCUCCUGGUCCAGGAGGCUUGGAGAGCGAGCCAAGGACGUCUUUCUCACCUCUGUCCCUGCCCAGUCAAAGCUCUCUGCUGAGCGCUGUGAGAAGCUGUGGUUGGAUCUGGAGCAGGAGCUGGUUGCACAGCUGCAGCCAGCAGAGUGCAGUACCAAGCUCCAACUGGAUGACAUGAGGGCUCAGCUGGACAAAGAUGGACAGGUGUGGAGUGAGGAGAUGGCUCUGGUGCAGGCCUGUCUCAAACAUCUGAGUGAACAGCAGAUGAAGAUCCUCCGAGCCAUGGUGGCCAGACAGAGCUACACACUCAACAGCCAAGUGGGGAGGUUGAUAGAGAAGAAACAUGAGCACCUGUUGGUGGCGGUGCGGAGGUACUUUGUGGUCAGGCACUUCUGUCUGCACAUGCUGAAGGAGAUGAGGCUGUCUAAGCUGAAGGCACUCUCUCAGACUGAUUUUAGAGCUGUGAUAAUGGAAGAUCCCAGUAAAAGCCAGUCCUGUGUCAAUUCAACACUCAAGAAUAGCAGUGCCAGCCUAGCAGAGAGGCAUCUGGGUCCAGAGAGUCAGCUGGUAGGCCACAGCUUCCAGCAGGAGUUCCUGUCUGAACUAGAAACAGGGACAGAGCUUCUUCAGAGCCACGCACAGCUGGUGCUAGGCAACGCCCUCAGCCACGCCAUCCAACAGAUGAUGGAGUCGCAGAACUCUCCGAAACAGGACGAUGGCUUGAAGCACCAGCUGACAGAGGCUGCCUCGGAGAGUGUGUAUGUGACCAAAGAUUCUCUCACUGCUCUGGUCCAAAGCUACUAUUCCCACCUACAAGACAUAAUCAAAAGAUUACAACAGGAUCAGUCAAACAUAAACCAGGGGGUGAAUGAGAAACAAGAGAAUAGCAGUCAGCUGAACAGAUCCUUGCUGAGGGAGCUGGUGAACUGGGGCAAGAAACCCACCUCUGCUGAGUUUCAACAGAGGGUUGAACUCCACAAAAGGAGAGUGUUGGAGCAGUGUGAUCUGGAACAGGAAAUGAUAUAUGAGGAACUGAGGCGGAAGAAAGUAGCCCAGGAUCAGACCAUGGAAAGAAUCAAAGCACAGCUGCUGGAGGCAGAAGAAAGCUUCAUAACUGAGCUGGCAGCCUUGGCCCGGGUUUCUCUCCACAGUCCAGAUCCAGUACCCAGCGGUGAAGAGGACAACACUGGUAAUGAGAAUGCUACCAUAUUUGACCUGCUUUCCCUGAACCCAGCACUAGAUCCAGCCUUGAAUCCUUCACUGACUCCAACGAUUGUAACUCCAGUUAAGAAAUCUAAACCAAAGAAGAAAAGAGAACAAGAAUCUCAUCACAGCUGAAAUCCUAACACAGUAAUGUUUACAUAUUCACACAGUAAUGUCCUGUAAAAAUUUUAAACUUGUUUUUAUUGUUGGUGCCUUUUAUAAAGUAAUGCCACUAUUUGUCUGUUGGUACCAAUUUUGUUGUUAGGAAGGUACCUCAGGUUUGUUUGCAUUAAGCAAGAUGGAUCUUUAUGUGUGAAUGAACUGUCCAGUCUAAUCUGAAAUGUUUCUAGAAGUGUUGUGCUUAAAUUAGGUUACUGAAAUGUUGCAAUACAUUUUUCCUCAAAGUCUAUAUUUCUGUAAAUGCCAUGUACGAUCAAAUAAUGCAACUGGAAAAAAUAACAAAGCAGAUUAUCUUUUGAA